AUAGCGGCCUCCAUCUUAAGUAAAAUAAACCAGUCUGUGGAUCCCUGUGAGAAUUUUUAUCGGUUUGCCUGUGAUGGCUGGACAUCUAAUAAUCCCAUUCCUGAAGACUCGUCAAACUAUGGAGUUUAUCCUUGGCUGAGGAACAAUGUGGACCUCAAGUUGAAAGCACUGCUACAGAAACCUAUCAGCAAGAGACGGGACAGUGAAGCUGUACAGAAAGCCAAGAUCCUUUACUCAUCAUGUAUGAAUGAGAAUAAAAUUGAAAAAGUUGAUGCAAAGCCACUGUUAAGUAUACUGAAGCAUUCGCUGUUCCGUUGGCCUGUGCUGGAAUCUAACAUCGGACCUGAAGGACAAUGGUCAGAAAGGAAGUUCAGCAUGCUCCAGACCCUUGCAACUUUUCGUGGUCAGUACAGUAACUCUGUCUUCAUCCGUUUGUAUGUGGCUCCUGAUGACAAAACCUCCAAUAAACACAUCUUAAAGCUAGACCAAGCAACCCUGUCUCUAACUGCACGGGAAGAUUACCUUGAUAAUACCACAGAAGCUAAAUCUUACAGAGAAGCCUUUUUGCAGUUCAUGGUUGAUAUUGCAGUGCUUUUGGGUGCUAAUGCCUCACGGGCAGAGUCUGAUAUGAAGUCAGUUCUGAAACUGGAAAUUAAAAUAGCUGAGAUAAUGAUUCCACAGGAGAAUCGAACCAGUGAGACUAUGUACAAUAGAAUGAACAUAUCUGAACUUAGCACCAUGAUCCCUCAGUUUGACUGGCUGGGAUAUAUUAGGAAGGUGAUUGACACUAAACUCUACCCUGACCUUCAAGAUCUAGGUCCUUCAGAAAACGUGAUUGUCCGUGUGCCCCAGUACUUCAAAGAUUUGUUCAGGAUACUAGAAAAAGAAAGGAAAAAGACUAUUGCCAACUAUCUGGUAUGGAGGAUGGUUUAUUCAAGAAUAUUUAACCUCAGCCGACGCUUUCAGUAUAGAUGGCUGGAAUUUUCGCGGGUAAUCCAGGGAACCACAUCUUUACUGCCUCAGUGGGAUAAAUGUGUAAACUUUGUAGAAGGAGCACUCCCUUAUGUCAUUGGCAGGAUGUUUGUGGAUGUCCAUUUUCAAGAAGACAAGAGAGAAAUGAUGGCGGAGUUGACUGAAGGGAUUCGCUGGGCCUUUAUCGACAUGUUGGAAAAGGAAAAUGACUGGAUGGAUGCAAGAACAAAAAGGAAAGCUAAUGAAAAGGCAAAAGCGGUUUUGGCAAAAGUGGGCUACCCUGAGUUUAUAAUGAAUGACACGUAUAUUAAUGAAGACAUCAAAACAAUGAAGUUUUCAGAAAAUGACUAUUUUGGCAACGUAUUGCAGACCCGCAAAUAUCUGGCCCAGUCUGACUUCUACUGGCUUAGAAAAGAAGUUCCAAAAACAGAGUGGUUUACUAGUCCAACCACUGUCAACGCUUUCUAUAGUGCAUCAACCAACCAGAUCAGAUUCCCAGCAGGAGAACUCCAAAAGCCUUUCUUUUGGGGGACAGAAUACCCUAGGUCUUUAAGUUAUGGUGCCAUUGGAGUAAUUGUUGGGCAUGAGUUUACCCAUGGAUUUGAUAAUAAUGGUCGUAAGUAUGACAAGAAUGGAAAUUUAGACCCCUGGUGGUCCACUGAGUCUGAAGAAAAAUUCAAAGAGAAGACAAAAUGCAUGAUUAACCAGUACAAUAAUUAUUAUUGGAAGAGAGCUAGCCUAAAUGUAAAAGGGAAGAGGACUUUGGCAGAAAACAUUGCAGACAAUGGAGGUUUGCGAGAGGCUUUCAGGAGUUAUUGGUGCAAUGAGCAACUUCGAGGAGUUCCGUAA